AUGUACUAUUCCCAACCUAAACACAGCCAAAAUAGGCCAUUUUUUAAUGGUAUACAAGAUGAGAUUAAAAAUUUAGUUUAGAGCCCAUCUCAAGUAGAUAUGGCUGAAAGCUUGGAUUUGAUUUAAUUUAAAUGCUAUCAAGACAUAUUGAAGCAAAAGAGUGAACAAAAAGUUUAGUAAACUCCUCUUAGUUACUCAUAAUCUAUACAAUAUCUUGGUAAAGAAGCAAACAUAAUGUUGAAAACUACUAAUUUUGGAAUGAAUAAUUUAGAAAAUAAUUAGUAAAGAUAAAAUGAAAUUUAGCAGAAGAGCUCUAAAUACACUCUCAAUGCAAACUCUUUGAAAAACAAUAUAAUCAAAAGGCCAAUCUAGAUAUAGCAAGAUUAUUGGAGUCCUGUAGAUUCAAGAGUUAAAAAAUUAAUACAAAAAUCAACUUUAAAACAAUAAAAAUGUUAGUAAGAAUUGGAAGACAACUUCUUAAUGUACUAAAAUUCAAACUAAUGCUAGCAGAUAGAAAGUGAUUUUUUAAAUACUAAUGAUAGCUAAUUUUAAUACAAAGCACCAAUAAACGCAUAAUAGGAUAAAUUUUGCUAAUAUAAACACUAAGAUGAUUAGACUAAAAACAUUUCAACAUAAUCAAAUGAAAACUAAGCUUUGAUUUAUUCAUCAACCAAUAAAAAUAACUUUACAAAAACGCCCUCUGUCUAUCAAAAGAGGGAGAAUCUAUUAAUAUAAGAAAAAUUUGCACUCAAGAUUCCUAGCAAGUUAGAAUUGAAAAAUCUUGAAAAUCCUUAAUUAAGAUUGUUUACGCCUCUAAAAAUAAAUCCUCCGUUUGUAAAAAAACCAUACACAGAAAAAUCUAAGACCUACACAAUGGGAUUUUUAAAGGCUUAGAUCAAUGAAUAUACUUAAUAACCUAACGUGAUUCAUGCAAAUAAUAGAUUAAGGUAGUCUUGGUAGAAUCGUAUUGGUAACUCUCAGUCCAAAUCUAGUCUUGUUAAUGAAGAAAUGAUGUAGACAAAUGGAUGGAAGCAAUUUAGAAAAACCACUUCAAAAUUAUUUUCUUAAAUGCCAAGUUCUGAAUAAUAACAAUUACAAGAAAGAGAAAUCCACAAUAAUUUAUAAAUGGACGUCCCAGAUAAAAACUAGUCAAAGAGCAAUUUCGAAUAGCUAAUGGCCUAUACUAAUUAUAAAAAUUAUAGCAACUAUCAAUAAUAAUUAAAUUAAGUAAAUCAUUAAGAAAGUAAUGAUUAAAUGAUUUAAAAUGAAAUAGUAGGCAGUGACUUAAACAUGCAGUGUCUAAGUAAUAGAUCUAAUUUAAGUCAUCUAAAUUAUUAAGGUUCAACACAGUAUUUAAAUAAGACAAAAUCAGAUGGCUUCAAUCACUUUUACAAAUCUAAUAUGCUUAUGAAAGAUUUAGAAAAAAUUCAAACUUAAAAAAUAAAGGCUCAACUUAGCAAUUAACAAGGGUUUAAAUAAUAGGCUUUGAUAUCUGAUAGAGAAAUGAUUAUUUAGAAUCAAUUACCAGGUAGUAAAAUUAUUUUGAAGUAAGUUCAUCAAAGAAAUCUUUCUCAAAAAUCUGAUAAUGAUAGUAAUCAUAAAGUAUAUUAUACUCUCCCUGAAAGAGUCAACUUUUUCAAGAGUAAAAACUUUGGAAAUUAAAAUCAGUAAAAUGAUCGUUUACAUAAUUAAAAUCUAUCAGUAAAAUGA